AUGGUUUCGAAUGAUACAGAUAAUAUUGAGAAAGAAGAUGAGACUAACACGGAUGUUGACAGUACAAGAGAAAGUGUUGAAUCUAAUAAGGAAGAUACUAAGGAUUUGGCAAAGCAUUCAGAUUCCAAUACUCCUAAUACGGAAGUCGAAAAUGAUAAUGAAGAAGAAGAUGAGGGAGAAUCUGACAAAAAAACGAAGAUGGCAUUGAUGAAGACGAUGAUGACGGAGACGAUGGAGAAUCUAGUCAUGAAGACGAUCAAGAAUCACACAAUGAGGAUCCUAGUGAAGUUGAUGUUGAAAGUGAUACUAAUACUAAUUCUCCUCCAAAGACUACGACAAGGCGUGGUAGAAAAAGAAAGUACAAGCCUGAGCCACCAUCUAGAAGGACGAGACACAGUACUCCUAGCACACCUUCAUCAAAAUCUAAACAAACUGGUCCAAAGAAAAGAAGAAAGAAAACUAAAACGGCAUCCAAUGGGCCAACAAGAGUAUCGAGUAGAUUAA